AUGACGGAAGACAAGAAACGCAGCCGCGUCUUCUUCGACAUCUCAAUUGGCAACAAGCCCGAAGGACGCAUCACCUUCGAGCUGUACGACGAUGUCGUCCCCAAGACCGCAGAAAACUUCCGCGCGCUCUGCACCGGCGAGAAAGGCAAAGGCAAGACCGGCCACGAACUUUCGUACAAGGGCUCCACCUUCCACCGCGUCAUCAAGCAAUUCAUGAUCCAAGGCGGUGAUUUCACAGCCCACAAUGGCACGGGUGGGGAGUCAAUCUACGGCACCAAGUUCGAUGACGAGAACUUCAAUCUCAAGCACGAGAAGCCGUUCUUGCUCUCCAUGGCCAACGCCGGCCCAGGUACGAACGGCUCCCAAUUCUUCGUCACCACCGUGCCCACCCCGCACCUAGACGGGAAGCACGUCGUCUUCGGUGAAGUACUAAAUGGCAAAUCCCUUGUCCGCAAAAUCGAAAACAUGCCCACCCAACCCGGCGACAAGCCGACCAAAGAAGUAACCAUCACCUCCUGCGGUCAACUCACCGGGGACGAAGCCCUCGCCGCCUCCGAAAAAGCGCCCGACAAGACCGGCGACCCAUACGAGGACUUCCCCGAAGACCAAGCGGCAACUCCUACCGCAGAGGAGAUCAUGAAGAUCGCGACGGACCUGAAGGGUUUCGGCAACGCUGCGUUCAAGAAGGGCGAUUUGAGUCUGGGGUUGGAUAAAUAUCAGAAGGGGCUGCGGUACCUGAAUGAGGAUCCGAGCUUGGAUGGCGAGCCGGCGGAGAUGAAGAAGAGUCUUGAUGCGCUGCGCUUUAUCUUGAAUUCGAAUUCUGCCCUUCUGGCUAACAAGCUGAAGGAUUUCAGCGAUGGGUUGAGAUAUGCGUCCGCUGCGCUGGAUGUGGCUGAUAUCACUGAUGCCGAGAAGGCGAAGGCGCUGUACCGUCGUGCGGUCGCGGAGAUCGGGCUGAAGGAUGAGGAUGCCGCGUUGAAUGACCUCGAGGAGGCGAAUAAGUUGGUCCCUGGCGAUGCAGCUGUGGUUAAGGAGUUGGCGAUUGUGAAGAAGGCGGCUGCUGAGAGGGCCAAGAAGGAGAAGGCUGCUUACAGCAAGUUCUUCUCAUGA